GUCCAUAGAGCUGAAGAUGGCUGACUAUUCAAACAAGCUGUAUCAGCAGUUAGAACAAGAGACAGGAAUCAAAACAGGUUACGUGAAGACAGGCUCUAUCUCACUGGCUCAGACGCAGGAUCGACUGAUCUCCCUGAAACGCAUUGCGUCAAGGCUCAGUGUAAUGGGGAUACCUUGUGAAAUCAUGGCUCCAAAACAAGUGGCACAACUACACCCACUAAUCAACAUUCAUGACCUGGUGGGUGCCAUGUAUGUGCCAGAGGACGCAGUCGUAUCAUCUGUCGAUGUGAGUCUUGCUCUGGCAAAUGCUGCCUCUCGAAAUGGUGUCCAGAUCCAUGAGCGGACAAGCAUCAGCCAUGUCAUGGUCCAAAAGGGUUGCGUGACUGGAGUGGAGACUGACAGAGGACAGAUUGAAUGCCAGUAUUUUGUCAACUGUGCUGGGCAGUGGGCCUACGAGCUGGGUCUCUCCAGUGAGGAGCCUGUCAGUAUCCCACUGCAUGGCUGUGAGCACUUUUACCUCUUGACACGUCCCUUGAAGAAGCCACUAGAGAGCAACACACCAACUAUCGUGGACCCAGACGGCAGGAUCUAUAUCCGCAGUUGGCAAGGUGGCAUCCUCUCAGGGGGCUUUGAGAAGAACCCCAAGCCCAUUUUUACUGAGGGCCGGAACCAGCUGGAGAUUCAGAAUCUGCAUGAGGACUGGGAUCACUUUGAGCCACUGCUGAGUUCUCUUCUGCGGAGGAUGCCAGGGUUGGAGGCUCUGGAGAUCAUGCAGUUAGUGAACUGCCCAGAAUCCUUCACUCCAGAUAUGCGGUGCAUCAUGGGAGAGUCACCCACGGUACAGGGCUACUUUGUCCUGGCUGGAAUGAACUCCGCUGGCACCUCUUUUGGUGGAGGAGCAGGCAGGUACUUGGCUGAGUGGAUGGUAAAUGGUUGCCCAUCAGAAAAUGUUUGGCCACUGGACCUGAAGCGCUUUGGUGCCCUUCAGAGCAGUCGCACCUUCCUCCGUCACCGUGUCAUGGAAGUAAUGCCCCUGAUCUAUGAUCUGAAGGUUCCCCGUUGGGAUUUCCAGACUGGGAGGCAGUUGCGUACUUCCCCUCUCUAUGAUCGCCUGGAUGCCCAGGGAGCCAGAUGGAUGGAGAAGCAUGGAUUCGAGAGACCCAAGUACUUUGUCCCACCAGGGAAAGAUCUACUGGCAUUGGAUCAGAGCAAGACCUUCUACAAACCAGAUUGGUUUGACAUUGUGGGGUCAGAGGUCAAGUGCUGUAAGGAGGCUGUGUGUGUAAUUGACAUGUCAUCUUUUACCAAGUUUGAAAUAAGCUCCACAGGGGAUCAGGCACUGGAGGUUCUGCAGUAUCUCUUCUCGAAUGACCUGGAUGUGCCAGUCGGGCACAUUGUGCACACAGGCAUGCUCAAUGAAGAAGGAGGGUAUGAGAAUGACUGCAGCAUUGCACGAUUAAACAAGCGCAGUUUCUUCAUGAUUUCUCCUACUGACCAGCAAGUCCACUGCUGGGCCUGGCUCAAAAAGCAUAUGCCUAAUGACAGUAACUUGCUCUUGGAGGAUGUGACCUGGAAGUAUACCGCUCUCAAUCUGAUUGGCCCUCGUGCAGUGGACGUGCUGUCAGAAUUAUCCUAUGUCCCGAUGACUCCAGAACACUUCCCCUCUCUCUUUUGCAAGGAAAUGAGCGUGGGGUAUGCUAAUGGGAUCCGUGUGAUGAGCAUGACACACACAGGAGAACCUGGAUUCAUGCUAUACAUCCCUAUAGAGUAUGCUCUGCAUGUGUACAAUGAGUUGAUGAGCGUGGGACAGAAGUACGGGAUCCGGAAUGCUGGCUAUUAUGCACUUCGCAGCUUACGCAUUGAAAAGUUCUUUGCGUUCUGGGGCCAGGAUCUGGACACUUUCACCACCCCCUUGGAAUGUGGACGUGAGUUCCGGGUGAAACUGGACAAGGGGACUGAUUUCAUUGGCCGGGAUGCACUGAUGCAGCAGAAGCAGGACGGUGUGUGCAAGCGCUUCACCAUGUUCAUCCUGGAGGAUCAUGACACAGACCUUCAUCUCUGGCCCUGGUGGGGGGAGCCCAUUUACCGCAACGGCCACUACGUGGGCAAGACCACCAGCAGCGCUUACAGCUACACCCUGGAUCGCCAUGUCUGCUUGGGCUUUGUGCAGAACUUUGAUGAGGAAACCAGGGAGGCGUUGGUGGUGACACCCGACUUCAUUAACCGGGGCGAGUAUGAGAUUGACAUUGCUGGGCAGCGCUUCCAGGCUAAGGCCAAGCUCUACCCCUUCAGCUCCCUCUUCACACAGCGUCGCCGCAAGGAUGAGAUGGAAUUGAGUGGCUACCAUGGGAAGUAG